AUGGAGUCACAUGGAUAUGAUGCAACAGGUCUAUCAUCUUCUUUAUUAGCUGCAGGCUUGCUAAUCCCAAGCAUCGUUACUUUGUAUUUUGUGUCAAAGACGAAAAAGGAAAAAACAGUCUGCAAAUGCGGACAGUGUGCAAGGCUAACAAAGAAAACAAAGAUAGAUAAGUACAGAGUCCUUAUGUACGCUUUUUUGCUUCUUCUGGCACUUCCGGUGUACAACAUAGUUUUCAAAGAGUACAACAAAAACACCCUAUCAAACCCGUACAAGCUGCUCGAAAUAUCAACCUCUGCCACAGACAAAGAGAUAGAAGGCGCAUACCGCAAGGCAAUUAGAAAAACAAAGCUUAUGAAGACGAGCACAGCAGAAAAAAAGAAAAGUGUGCAGAACAUAUUAAAAGCUAAAGAUCUUCUCCUAGAUCCAAAGGCCAGGGAGCGAUGGGACACCUUUGGAGACGCUCCAAUGGUAAACAACCACACAAUAGCCAUACCUUCCUGGAUUAUGUCUAAGUACAAUCCUCUCCUGCUGAUAUUCCUAUACGUGCUGGUUCUCGGAGUGCUACUCCCCAAAGGCGUAUCUUACAUGUGGAUGUACUCUUUUGAGUAUUCGUCGAGUGGAAUCCUUUACAAGAGCACGGAGUCUCUCUACAGGGCACUAAAGCACACGUACGUCACCGAUCCAAUAGGCCUUCUCGUUCUUCUCAACAAAUAUACGGUAGAGCUGUCACAGUAUAAGCCAAAAACAGAAGAAAAAAAGAUCCAGCAGAUAAAAGAGAUAAUCAGCACAGACUACGCCAUUCCCAUCUCUCUGUCCGCGCCUACCUUCAUUCUCUCUCUGGGCAUGCUGCUUCUCAGAGACGAUUCAGUCCUUAGUCUGAUCGAUAGAAGUGACAUAGAGUAUAUGCAGAGCGAAAUAGUUCUCUGCAUAGGAGCAAUAAAGUCUCUGUCAAUUGCGUUUAAAUCAAGCAGCUUGUACUACCUUGCCUUUGACCUCGAACGAUGCAUCACACAAAGCAUUCCGUACCCAAAGUACCAUCGAAUGCAGACGGGAGCAUCGUUUGAAGAGACAUUCCUCUCUCUCCACGACAAAGAGAACAAAGAGAGCGAAAAAGAAGAGAAGUCCAAAGAAGAAAACGGGAUGUUCAAGAUAAAAAUAGCUGGAAUAGACAUAUACAAUCCUAUAGAUGGCGUAAUUGCCAAGAACGGAUCAUUGGUGGGCACUGUUGACACGAUAGUCAAAGUCUCAGUCUUUAGAGAGAACAGCAAAAGCGUGUACACUCCCGUGUCGAUUAAUAAUGACUCAGAAAAGAAGAAUGAUGUGGGUGAUCUAUCAGAGCUAGAAGGAUCUUCUGAAGAGAUAUACCCAUCUGCCCUCAACAAGUACCCAAUCUCAAUCAAAGGCUCCUCGAGUGAGCCCGUGCAUGCUCCUGUGUACUUUGAGGAUAUUUCCUACGACUGGGUGUGCACCCUGGAGGUGAACAAUGAGAUUCUGAUGGAGUCUCCUGCAUUCACCCCCAGCGCAACAGGCUGCGAGAUUUUCUUCAAGAUUCCCCCCAUGGCCAACAUCAUUUCCUCGCGCAGAGCAGAGAUAUCAGUAAAAAUAUCAAACGGUAAAUAUUUUGAAAGAGAUACGAGUAUGAAAACGGUUAUUCUGAUUAAAUAA